UUUACAUACUUUUCCCCCUAACAGCAACGGAAACAGUGGGGAACCGGAGAGCCUAACAGUUAGUGAUCUCAUACUCUUAACUUUAAAGAUAAAAGCAAAACAUAGAUAGGAUAGGCACGUGAAGCUGAAGAUUAACAUUACAAACAACUGCCGUUUUAUAAAUAUUUAUUGCGUUCAAUUUUUUUUAAAACUUUCAUGUAUUUUUGUUCUUAAUUUUUAAACCAACAGUCAGCUCAUAAAGCCUAAAGGAAGACUGCUUGCUACGUCUGCACUUCUCAUACAUUAUCUGAAUUAGCCUGUAUCACAGCCAUUAAAAAACGCUUUGGAUUUAAAUUAACAUUGAUCCACUGUCGGGGAAAGCUGUAUGUGGAAAAGUACACUUCGGUUAAAUCGCUGCUGUCUCCCAUGUGAGGGUUGGUGCCAACGCCUUUUUUUCUCUCUCUGCUCCCCGGUUAUUACGGCUGCUGAAGAAAUCGCUGUGUGUAUUUUGUGUUGCUUCUAAAACUGAGAGUUUGAGUUUUAUUAUAUCGGUCUCUCUACGAAUACUUAUUGGUAUUUCAAAAUGGGAUGUACGCUAAGUGCCGAGGACAAAGCGGCGGUGGAGAGGAGUAAAAUGAUCGAUCGGAAUCUGAGAGAAGACGGAGAGAAAGCGUCCAGAGAAGUCAAACUGCUGCUGCUUGGAGCCGGGGAGUCGGGGAAAAGCACAAUAGUAAAGCAGAUGAAGAUUAUCCAUGAGGACGGCUACUCGGAGGAGGAGUGUAAGCAGUAUAAAGUGGUCGUGUACAGCAACACCAUCCAGUCCAUCAUCGCCAUCAUCCGUGCCAUGGGCCGCCUAAAGAUCGACUUUGGGGACCCUGCACGAGCGGACGAUGCCCGGCAGCUCUUUGUUUUGGCCGGGACGGCGGAGGAGGGGGUGAUGACGGCGGAGCUGGCCGGGGUCAUAAGGCGUCUGUGGAAGGACGGGGGUGUGCAGACCUGCUUCAUCCGGUCCCGGGAGUACCAGCUCAACGACUCCGCCUCAUACUACCUGAAUGACCUGGACAGGAUAUCCCAGCAGAGUUACAUCCCCACCCAGCAGGAUGUGCUUCGAACCCGAGUGAAAACCACUGGCAUCGUGGAAACACACUUCACCUUCAAGGAGCUGUACUUCAAGAUGUUCGACGUGGGCGGCCAGCGGUCGGAGAGGAAGAAGUGGAUCCACUGCUUCGAGGGCGUGACCGCCAUCAUCUUCUGCGUGGCGCUCAGCGACUACGACCUGGUCCUGGCCGAGGACGAGGAGAUGAACCGCAUGCACGAGAGCAUGAAGCUGUUCGACAGCAUCUGCAACAACAAGUGGUUCACCGACACCUCCAUCAUCCUCUUCCUCAACAAGAAGGACCUGUUCGAGGAGAAGAUCAAGAGAAGCCCGCUGACCAUCUGCUACCCGGAGUAUUCGGGGUCCAACACGUACGAGGAGGCGGCGGCCUACAUCCAGUGCCAGUUUGAGGACCUGAACAGACGGAAGGACACCAAGGAGAUCUACACGCACUUCACCUGCGCCACCGACACCAAGAACGUGCAGUUCGUCUUUGACGCCGUCACCGACGUCAUCAUCAAAAACAACCUGAAGGAGUGUGGGCUGUACUGAGACCGCUGAGCUUCUCACAGGUACUGCACCUCACACAGGUACUGCACCUCACACA